AUGUUUCUGCCCUGCAAGCAUCACGCCCUAGUCAAACUAACAAACAGUUCUGCUCCAGCCCUUAACCGCCCAUCGUUGUCUACCACACCAAUCAUGGGAUCGCAGAAGUGGAAGGACUGCGUAUGCGCAGUUUCCGUGGUAGUGGCUUUGGGAUCGCUUUUCUAUGCAUACAAACAGAAGAACAGUACGACAAAACUAUCUCAUCUCUCACCACCAAAAGACGGUGUAGAAGACCUUAUAGGGAACACCCCCAUGGUUAAAAUUCGGUCCCUCUCGGAAGCUACAGGGCUGAAUGUGUAUGCUAAGAUGGAAUUGAACAAUCCAGGUGGUAGUGCAAAGGACAGAGUCGCAUUGAACAUUAUCAAAACCUUCUCGGAAGAACAGCAUAUCCACGGGUCCAAGGAUAAGAAAAAUAGGGUUUUCGAGGGAACCAGUGGGUCCACCGGUAUCUCCUUGGCACUAUGCUGCAACGCUAUGGGCUUUUCGUGCCACAUUUCGCUUCCCGAUGAUACCUCACAAGAGAAACUCUCGCUAUUGACAGCUCUAGGUGCAAUAGUGAAUAAAGUGAAGCCAGCCAGCAUUGUGGACCCUAACCAGUAUGUGAAUGCAGCCAAGGCGUGCGCUGAAUCUUACACUGACGGUAUCGGUAUGUUUGCGGACCAAUUCGAGAAUGAGGCUAAUUGGAAGUGUCAUUACGCAACAACGGGUCCUGAAAUAUUCCUCCAAUUGGACGGGAAAGUGGACGCAUUCAUCACCGGAUGUGGUACCGGAGGUACCAUGGCCGGUGUCUCCAGAUACUUGAAGGAACAGAGGGGCGAUUCGGUACGAGUUAUCCUAGCGGAUCCUCAGGGAUCCGGUUUCUACAACAGAAUCAAGUACGGUGUCAUGUACGACAAAGUAGAGAAAGAGGGAACAAGAAGAAGACACCAAGUGGACACUUUAGUAGAAGGGAUCGGGCUCAAUAGAAUCACAAAAAACUUCCUGAAGGCAGAGCAGUAUAUAGAUGACUCCGUUAGGGUUACCGAUGAAGAAGCGAUAAAGAUGGCCAAGUGGCUUUGUAUCAACGACGGAUUAUUUGUUGGUGCCAGUACGGCUAUUAACGCUGUCGCAGUGCUUAAAUAUGCGGAAAACUUGCCAAAGGGAUCUAACGUUUGUAUAAUAGCCUGUGACAGUGGGUCUAGACACUUGAGCAAGUUCUGGAAAGAGGCUUUGGCCGUUGACAACAAUCUGUCGCUGUCGGAUAUUGUAUAG